AUGUCGUUCGUCCGCGUCCCGCUCGAGGACUUUGACCGCGUCCUCGGCACCACCUCGACCGAGAUCUCUUCGGUCGCACUCGGCGGCCGCAUCCUCUCGUGCUCCGACGAGUGGUUCGCACCGGCGUCCAGCCUCCUCAAGGUCGGACCCGCUCCCUCGCUCAAGGGCCAGUUCGGCCCAAAGGGCGCCCUCUUUGACGGCUGGGAGACCCGCAGGCACUGCCCCACGUACGACUGGGUCAUCCUCCGCCUCGGUCCCAAGGCAGGCGGGCACCUCGUCGGCUUCGACGUCGACACGGCCAACUUCAACGGCAACGAGGCGCCCGAGGUCGAAAUCUACGGAAUGCAGCUCGACCCGCAGCAAGAGGCGCAGGCAGCCGACAACCUCGCCGAAAACGACCCCAGGUGGGAGACCUUGAUCCCGACGGUCCCCUGCGGCCCGUCGCAGCGACACCUCUUUGCCCUCCCGCCCGCCGCCUCCUCCAAGGCCUACACCCACAUCAAGCUCCACAUGAUCCCCGACGGUGGCAUCGCCCGCUUCCGCGUCUACGGCACCAUCCCCGCGCCCCCCGUCGGUCAGGGCGAGGGCGAGGCGGUGGCAGCCCAGCCCGAGCUCAACACCCUCGACCUGGCCCACUGCCUCAACGGCGGCCGCGUCGUCUUCACCGACGACCAGCACUUUGGCUUUGGCACCAACAUUGUCCUGCCCGGGCGCGGCAAGGACAUGGGCGACGGCUGGGAGACGAGGCGCUCCCGUGGCAAGGGCCACUUCAACUGGUCCAUCAUCAAGCUCGGCGAGGCGGGCGUGCUCAACUACGCCGAGAUUGAUACGGCGCACUUUCUGGGCAACUUCCCCGAGAGCGGCGAGCUGCUGGCCACGACGUUCGACGGCCAGCUGCCCCCCUCGGACGCCCAGUGGACGACGAUCCUGCCGCGCACCAAGCUGGGUCCGGGCCGCCGCCACUUCUUCGAGCUGGCCAACGUCGACGGCGUCGCCUAUACCCACGUCAUGGUCAAGAUGCACCCGGACGGCGGCAUCAAGCGCGUCCGCAUCGUCGGCCGCCGCGCCGCGCCGCUCGUGGCCGCCAACCUGCUCGCCACGGCGCUGCCCAAGGUGGCCGUGCCCCAGGACAUACAGGACCCGCUGCCGUCGGCCAGCUCUGAUCCCUUUGCUCCCGUGAGUGCCCUGAACGACCCGCAGCGCCCUGAUCCGCCAUCAAUCGCCGCUGUGACUGGGCAGCAGCAGCAGCAGCAGCAGCUGGGUUGCAUCGUAUCGGCCGGUCCGAGCGGGACUGGAGAGCGCUUCAUCGCGGCGCAGCCCUUGACGAGCGCGGCGUUUGCGCCGUACGGCAGCGUGAUCCACACGCCGCCGUCGAGCGAGGGCGCUCCGUUCCGCAUCGUCAACCAGGGCACGGCGCGCAAGUACGUCGGGCUGGCGCCCGUCGUCAACAACUACCCGCCCCACGCGCCGGCAAAGACCAACGUGCACGUCUACCACUGCGACCCGGUGCCCGCCGUCGGCGGCAUGCCGUGGAGGGUCAAGCUGCUCGAGAGGCACAGGUUCACCACCCAGGCCUUUGUGCCCAUGACGCCGGCGGGUGGCGCACAGGCGGGGCAGGAGGGCUACCUCGUCGUCGUGGCGCUCAAUUCCAAGGAUGACAAGCCGGACCUGAACACGCUCGCCGCCUUUUACGCCACGACCGAACAGGCCAUCUCGUACCACCCUGGAUGCUGGCACCACCCCAUGAUUGCGCUCGGUACGCAGCCGACGUCGUUUGCGUGCAUCGUCAACGAGAGCGACGUCGACCCUUCGCUCGACUGCGACGAGGUGCCCGUCUAG